AUCACCGGGCGCGAUGGCACGUUUCGCAGCGUUUUGGGUGCUCUGCUGUAUCUUGACCGGAAAGGGGUUGGCAGCUCAAUUGACGAGCUUUUCGCUGGAAUUUGUACACUUUUUGGGCGGUCAAAGUGCGAGCUGGAACCACUCGGAUCCUGCUACGGAGCAUUACGACCGACAAUGUCUCGAUCCUGAACUUUUUGCGAGUGGGUUGGAGAAUGGUGAAAUGUGGGCGAUCAAUUUUUAUGACUCAUGGGGUAAAGUUCCGGCUGGACUCCUCUUCGGGAAUGUGUACGAGCUUGGAAACUUUGAUCAAUGUCGACGAGCCCGCCACAGUCACUAUCACGGAACAACGAGCAUAUCUGGACAGCAUUGCACUCUGAUGGUUGACGCAAGCGUUUUGCAGCUGCCGAUAGGCCCAAUCUGGUACGGUGUUUGUAUGCCCGGCGUUUGUAGACCCCAACUGGUUGGUCAGUUGGCAAAUGAAUUCUUCAAGACGCGUGAAAUGAGAGUUCUGAACGACCCGGAGAUGUUCUGUUAUCGGGAUGAGGAAAAGGAGUUUUCAACACUGGCGAUUGUGACGAUCGUAUUAUUUUCUUGUUACGGAUUCAUCCUGCUGUUGGCAACAAUUAUGGACCUGGUGUACAAGUGGACACAUAAUGUGGCACCAUCGAAUAUUCUGCGCUUUUCCGCGUACAGGAAUGUGCUUAAGAUAUUUGAGACCACUCCCAAAAGUGCUUCAAAGGCUGGCACCAUGGACUGUGUGAACGGUAUUCGAGCCUUGUCAAUGCUGUGGAUCAUCGUAAACCAUGUCCACGAUACCACCUACGGUCUCCCAACGGUCAACGGAGUUAUGCGAACUGAGUACGGGAAUUCCUACUUUGGUGUUCUCUUCCACAGACUUGGUGGAAAGGCUGUCGACAUCUUCCUAAUGUUGAGCGGAAUGUUGGUGACCAUGAAAAUCUUACGGGAGUUGGAUCGAGACAAGAAGCUCAACUUGGUGCAACUCUACCUUCAUCGGAUCCUUCGGAUUGUCCCAGCGUUCGCAGCAAUGAUCCUGUUUGUAGUCGCUUUCACUGAUCUUUUCGGUGAAGGAGUCCUCUUCAAGGCAGUCUACCAGGAAGGAAUCGAACCAUGCCGCACUAGCUGGUGGAAGGCGCUUCUCUUCUUCCAGAACUACGUGCACUACUCCGAGAUGUGCUUCCCCCACACUUGGUACCUGUCGGUAGACAUGCAGUUGUACAUUCUUUCUCCGUUAAUCUUGAUUCCGCUGUGGAAGCUUGGCAGGCGUUUCUCCACCGUAAUCAUUCUCCUAGCUCUUCUCUCGAUGUCCUGCGUCUUUACGACCUUCAUGGUGAACGAAUACCGGUUGAACAAAGCGGCACCCGUAGGAGACGGUCAAAUGCCUAACAAAACGUACUUCCCAACCCACACCCGGAUGUCCGUGUGGCUAUUCGGCGUCCUGUUCGGCUACUUUCUACACAAAACGCGCUCCAGAAGCAUCAAACUGUCCAAACUCACGCAACUUAUCGGUUGGACCCUAGCAGCCGCCAUCAUAAUUGUAACCAGCUACUCCCUAAAGCAAGUCUACACCGGAGAUUACAAGACAAUCCCACCAGUAGCGGAUGCCUUCUACGAAUCCCUGCAUCGCUCCUUCUGGGCAUUCCUCGUCAUGUGGAUCGUCUUCACCUGUAUCAACGGGUACGGAGGACUCGUGGACGACUUCCUCAGUUGGUCCUUCUGGCAGCCGCUGGCGAAGCUCUCCUACACCAUGUACCUGAUUCACAUCUGGAUUCAGGCCCUGGUCGUGGUGAUGCUGCUGAAGGCACCGGUGUACUUUAGCUUGAUGGGAGUUUUUACGUCCAUUUGUGGGCUAGUUGGGAUUAGCGCUGCAGCGUCGGUAGUGUGGAGUGUGGCGUUCGAGUAUCCGUUCUUUGGGUUGGAGAGAUUGUUUGUGCGGAAAAGAGAAUAAACAUUGCUUGGUUUUU